CGGAGAGGCUCGUCGCUGGGCGAGUGAGGAAUCUUGAUCCUGGUGGGCCACCAUCCCGGAAGUGGAAUAUAGAGGAAGCAAGUGCUAGGGUUGCUGGGGAAGCAUAAGUUCUCGAGAUUCCAGGUGCGGAUUCGCAGAAGUCUUUUGUGGCCUGUGUUGGCCAGGACGGACUCAGAGGCUUUCGUCACUUCUUUUGAAGGCGCUAGCUUCCCUGCUGAGCCGCACCUGUUCGUGGUGGGGCAGAAGGCAGCUCGGAUGAAUGAACCUCGGGCUUCUGUUAAGAACCCAUCUGAGAAAGGCGGUCUGCGCUCUUCCUCCGUGGCGGCCUGCGGGGUGCACUGAUGCACUAGCGGCUUAGCAUGGCUCAGCGAGCAGUGUGGCUCAUCAGCCACGAACCCGGAACUCCACUUGGUGGCACGGUCAGAUUCUCCAGACGGUAUCCAACUGUUGAAAAACGAGCCAAAGUCUUCAAUGGAACAAGCUAUGUGCCUAUCCCUGAAGAUGGUCCCUUUCUUAAAUCAUUACUCUUCGAACUUAGAUUAUUGGAUGAAGAUAGAGACUUCAUGGAGAGUCGUGAUAGCUGUUCUCGCAUCAAUAAAACGUCUGUGUAUGGACUUAAAGUAGGAGGUGAAGAACUCUGGCCAGUUGUUGCUUUUCUGAAGAAUGGCAUAGUAUAUGCUUGUGUUCCACUAGUUGAACAAACUUUAUCCCCUCGUCCAGCGCUAAUUAGCAUUAGUGCAAUUUCACAAGGCUUUGAACUUCUUUUUGGGAUACAGGAUUUUCUUUACUCAAGUCAAAAAAUUGAUACUGAGCUAAAUACAAAACUGAGCCAAUUGCCUGACUUGCUUCUACAGGCUUGCCCAUUUGGAACUUUACUAGAUGCCAACUUACAGAAUUCAUUGGAUAGUAUCAGUUUUGCUUCUGUGACUCAUCCACAAAAGCAGCCAGCCUGGAAAGCUGGAACAUACAAAGGAAAACCACAAGUUUCUAUUUCUAUCACUGAAAAAGUAAAAUCUAUGCAAUAUGAUAAACAGGAUAUAGCAGAUACAUGGCAAGUAGUCGGAACUGUCACUUGCAAGUGUGAUUUAGAAGGAAUCAUGCCAAAUGUUACCAUCAGCUUGAGUCUCCCCACCAAUGGAUCUCCACUUCAGGAUAUUCUAGUUCAUCCUUGUGUGACUUCUCUUGACUCUGCCAUUCUGACUUCUAGUAGCAUUGAUGCAAUGGAUGAUUCUGCAUUUAGUGGACCUUACAAAUUUCCAUUCACUCCACCUUUAGAAUCAUUCAACUUGUGCUACUACACUUCCCAGGUUCCUGUCCCACCAAUUUUAGGCUUUUAUCAAAUGAAAGAGGAAGAAGUACAACUAAAAAUAACAGUUAAUUUAAAACUUCAUGAAAGUGUGAAAAAUAAUUUUGAAUUCUGUGAAGCUCAUAUACCAUUUUACAAUAGAGGUCCAAUCACACAUGUGGAAUACAAAGUUAGUUUUGGCCAGCUCGAAGUAUUUCGAGAGAAAAGCUUAUUGAUCUGGAUUAUUGGACAGAAGUUCCCAAAAUCAAUGGAAAUUAGUCUUUCUGGAACUGUAACUUUUGGAGCCAAGAGCCAUGAGAAGCAGCCAUUUGACCACAUUUGCAUUGGGGGUACAGCAUAUUUAAAGCUUCAUUUUAGGAUCUUAGAUUACACACUUACUGGGUGUUACGCGGAUCAGCAUUCAGUUCAAGUUUUUGCAUCAGGAAAACCAAAAAUAAACACACACCGGAAACUAAUUUCUUCUGACUAUUACAUCUGGAAUUCUAAAGCUCCUGCUCCAGUAACAUAUGGAUCAUUAUUACUAAACCUGUCACUUCGGGAUAAUUUCUGAAGACAAAGUCUGCUUCCCGUUUGACUCCGCUGCCACAAUUAAAGAAGAAACAGCUGCAUUUCAAAGGGAUUCCGAUCCAGAAGCUUAAUCGUGAUUGACAUGUUCUUAUUCUAAGCUAUAAGACACUCUUAAGAGUCCUUUCUUGGGUUAAAACUUCAAUCAUUUUCUAAAAAAUUAUCUCACUAUGGAUUUUAUUCAUUUUCUUUGAUAACUAUUCUUUGCAUUUUUUAACUUGAAAGAUGCUUUGCCUUUGCAGUGAAUAUGAGCACCUAUUUCCAAAGAUUUGGAUGGUAUCAGACCUACUCUAGAUGCAAAACUGCUAAAUUCCUUUUUAGUGCAAAAUAUGAUUAUGAAAUCUGUUAUCUAUCAUAUAGGUAAUUAUUCUUCAGUAGAUCCAAAUGGUACAAAAAGUGUUAAAUUUCUGAAAAUGUGCUCCAGAAAAAAUGGUUCAUGAUUUUGGUGAAAUCCUUCUUCUCUAAACAAUAUUUUUUAAACUUUUUUAAGCCCUUACAGAGGUGGGCAUUUUUUAACUUUCUUAAAAUAAUUGAUUUAAAUAUCAGGUUUGAAGUAAAUAGCCCUGUCAGAAAUUCUUAAGAGAAUUAUUUGUUUAAAAAUGUUUUCUUGAUUAAACAUUAAUCUGUCUUAUAAAAUUCUGUUUUACACCAACUAAGUAUUUGAGUUGAAAUUGUGAUUUUAUGUAUUGUAUAAUUUAAGGUCUCUCGAAACACAAUUUUGUACAUAAUAACAACAGCUAAUAUUCUCCUUUUUUUUAUUAUAGUAUUUCAAACCACUUCAUAGCCAUUCAUAGACUCCUACACCACCCCUGGGAGGGAGGGAGGUUGAGUUUGCAUCCAGAGCCUCUGCAGGGACUGCUGCCACAGCAGAACGGUUGUUUCUAAGACAAAGGUCAGGAAAGGGAUGUUAAUAAACAGUCCUCAGGUUUAAGGGACUUUUUUAGGAUUACAUCUUAAAUUCCAACAAAUCAGAUUUAGGAGUUACUGAAAGUGAAAUUGAUCCAUCCCUCAUCCAAACUUUGCAAUACUUUCCUGUUCUGACAUCAUUUAGAUAGUUGGCUGUAUUAUCAGAUUAGAAACCAUUGUACCACGCUGCUGAAAGGAAAAGGAGGCAAAAAGCUAAACAUAGGAUAAAUUCUGAACCUUUUAACCUGGCUGAAGUACGUUGGUCCCUGUUAUGCAAAUACCUUCAAUCCUCUGCUAAGUUCAGUGGAAAUAAUUUUCUUGAAUGACAGGUUUAUUCAGCAAGGAUUCAGUUGGUGAUUAAUCCCCCUUUGAUCUAGGGUAUUUCACUUAACUACCAGUUACCUCGUUCUGACAAAGUGCAACUGAGAUUAGGGAGAUCACUAGAACACUACCAGGGUGUGCGUUUAUUCUCUCUAACCUUUUAAAGCAAGGGCCAAGAAUGCAAUUUAUUUUCAGUAUUUGAAGAUGUAAAGUCCUGUCUGCUAAGUUAGAAAGUCAAUUGAAUACCAAAUGAAGUUUAUUUCUUACGUAACAGAACAAACAUUUCUUUUUUGCUUUGUCUAACAAUGAUUUUUAGGAAACAUAGUCUUUGAAAAAAGAAGAAAGACUACAUUCUAAGUAUAUCUUCUAGUUUUGUUUCAUGUACUGGAGAAUAUACUCAUUGACCCUGAGAUAGCCCAAAAAUCAAAGCAGUCACUACAAUUUAAGUUGAAAAAAUGCUUCAGUUUUAUUAAAUUGCAUGGUUUCUUCCCACCCUCCUCCCAUUUAAAAAGGUCAUGCUAUGUGGUAAAUCCAAUUGCGGAAACAUGUAAUACACAAGUAUUCAUCUUAAGACUUCUGAUUUCAAGGCUUUAUUUGUUAACUUUGUCCUUUCUUGAGGAAAACAACUUAUGUUCCCAUAAUAAGGAUAAUUGCGUUCACUUUCAGAAUGAAGGUUUUUGUUCAUAAAGAAGGUAAAUGAUGCUAUUACAAGAAUACUUCCAAGUAAUUAUUUUAAAUUAUCAAACUAACCAUUUUCCACAGCAUUGUUUACUAUUUUUCUGCCUUCCUUUCCAUUUAGCUGUGUACCUCUUCUUCCAUAACUUUAAGACUUUGAAAUAGUCUUUGGAAUCUUGCACAAUAUUUUAAGAAUAACAUUUUAAGAUACGUUUUGUGCUACGGUUUCUCAAAAAAUUCAUCUUAAAAAACUUACCAUUGUCAAAAUUUAUCUUGCAAGAUAUCAAAUGUGCGGAUCUAUUCCACAUUUAGUUUAAGACCCUUAAAAAAGAAAAUAAUUUUUAACAAAAAUUUGUUUUUAAAUACUAAGUUGUUAUUAGUGAUUAAUGUUAUUAUAGACAGAGCAUUUUAAAUGCUCUAUAAUUGUUCAUUAUCCUAGUAGCAGUUUGCAAUACAAGUUAUGUAUUUACAUAAUUAUACAUUAUUUUGUUCCAAAGUCUCUGUGACCCAAUUUCUAAAUUGAAACAAUGACUCAAAGAAGCACCUCUAACUUCCCUGGGUAUCAGCCUCUCCUGUUUCAAUUUAGUAACCAAACUUUCCAAAUAUCUUUUGAUAGCCGGUUACUUAAUCACAGAAAUUGAGGAUCAGAAAAAAUAUAAGAUGAAAGGCAGGAUCCCCUAGCUAUGUUGCUAAGAAAACUAGUAUUUUUAAUAAUUCACUAUGCAGUAAAUAUUUUUAAUGAAAUGUUGCAAUAUAUUUUGAAAUAUGUAUCAGAAUCUGUAUAAAUCAUAUGUACAUGUAUGUAUAUGUAAUGUAUUUUAAUACAUAUGUUAAGUGUCAUGUCAGAGGAAAUAAUUCAAAUAUUCAAAUAUCUUUCCUCCAAACACAGUGUUAGUUAAUAGUAAUGAAGAGGUUCAUUAACAUAAAAAUUUCCAAAGAAUUCAUGAGAUCACUAUUACAAAAUGAUUAAAACUUUUAUGAGCUUCAGCUAGCUUCUAAUUUUUUUCAUCAACUGUUUUAGAGGAAUGAUAAUAUUGUCCACAUAUAGCCUGCAGCAGUGCAAGGCCAUAUCUCUAUGACUCGUUUAUUGUCUUGUAAGCAGGCUGCUCUGAGGUCCAGGUUGAUUUCUCUAAGACCCUGGCUAAUCUGCACAGUUGUUGGCAGUGUAGUGCUAAUAUAUGAUGCACAGCAUUUCGCAUUUACAGAUUGACAGAUGCCCUGGGAUGGAAACCACCUGAUGAAUUGUUUCUCCAAUGGGAUAUGUGAAAAUUUGUAUAUUUUAAUAAUCCGUCAACAUGUAAAGUCAAAGUGUAUGUUUCCUUUAAAUGUCCUUUUAAAUGAUAGUUUUGUAAAAGAAUAUUGUUAUCCCUCUUAAAAUUUUCACUUUUUCUCUCAAGGGACUUGAGUGCCCUCUGCAGGUUAUAAAGAGAUAAUUAAUGGCAAUAUUUAUUUUUAAACCCUGUGAUUUUUCCCUUUUAGAAGCACAGCCUGCAUAAAUGUGAUCCAUUUGAUUUAUAUUGUUAACUUUGUUGAUUUUCCGGUGAUUGAAGGAAGAGUUUCUUUUCCUGGCCUGUUUUAUUUAGUGUGAAGUAAUAUCAUUGAAUUUUACAAAUCACUUAGCUAGGGCUCUUUGAAUAUUGGAACUAUACACAUUGGAACUAAUACAAAGUCCCUCACAGAAAGGAGAUUGGGAAAAUUUAGCUAUUUUGAAAUUUAUUGAAGAUGUAGAGAAUAACUUGAUUUAAUUCCCAUUACAUAAUUAGACUAUUAAUACAUUUGAAAUAAGCUCUACUUUUUCAAUAUGCAUUGUGUAAGAUUUUUAAAUUAUAUGAGUUCUAUUUCUUAAUCUUGUUGAGGAGUGAUGAUUGUGUUCAAACUAAAAAAGCUUUACAUCUGACUCACUUAAAGCUGCCAGGGGAACUAAAUAUGAUGAGAACAAGAAGAAUGAUUGGAUCACAUUAAUAGAAAUAGAUCUUUUUGCAAGAACAUAGUGAUCCUGAUCAUCAACCUUGAAAAGUAAAUUAGAACAAGCAAAUUGCUAUUGAAAAAUUCUUUCAGCACUCCGCUGUUGCUACUCAGCUAGUCAUGGCUCAGCCAGAGGCAAAGAAAAGUGCAGUUUGGUGUUAACAAAGGAAACAUUAUUAAAGUGAAUGUUUACAUUGUGUUUAUUGAAGUGUUGAAAGAAUAUUUGUUGCAACUUCAAUCUACUGUUCUCCCUGCUAUAAUAAUGCGUGAGUGAUGAUAAAAAUAAUUUGUACAUUUUAAAAGAAUAAGUAACAUUUAACUUAAGUGUUUGUCGAUUGUCUUCAAAAUGCAUAAAUAUCAAACUUAAUACUUUCUUAUUUAAAGAUUUCUGUCUCCAGCAAAUGUAUCUCAUUAAAAAAAAACGAACUCAUUAAAUAUACCUUCUGUUUAUCUCCACACCUGCUCUUAGCCAAAAGGUUGAGAAGCAAUCCAAGGAUUUCCAAAUGCUUUAUGUAACUUUUCCCCUAGAAACUACAGUGCAUAAGAAAUAAUAAACUGAAAAUUAAGCAAAUAUGAAAA